CAGUUGCUCUAAAUUAUAUGCGCCCAAAUACUUUAUCGUAUUUCGUUUUGCCAUUUUGAAAUUCCGAACAGAUCAACCACACAGAAUCAUCGGAGAAAUCUCUCAGCAGGGAGUGAAAAGGGGCGAGAAUCCGCUUGAAGCUGGAAGAAAACCUUGAAAUUCUGAAGGGAAUUGAUUAUUUUAGCAAAAUAUGGGGAAAGUGAUGGAUAGCGACCGUGAGUUCAUGUCUACAGAUCCCAAGUCAACUCCGGGGAAAAAACCGCCAUCAACUCCACGGCUUUUCAUCAAAGAGAUGGUUAUGCAGAAUUUCAAAUCUUACGCCGGCGCACAACGAGUUGGGCCCUUUCAUAAGAGCUUUACCGCUGUAGUUGGUCCUAAUGGUAGUGGGAAGAGUAACGUGAUUGAUGCUAUGUUGUUCGUAUUUGGCAAGCGAGCUAAGCAGAUGCGUCUUAACAAAGUGUCGGAGCUUAUUCACAAUUCAACCAACCACCAAAAUCUCAACAGUGCACGUGUAUCUGUUCACUUUCAAGAAAUCAUUGAUUUGGAAGAUGAAACAUAUGAAGCUGUUCCAGGAAGUGAUUUUGUUAUAGCUCGUGAAGCUUUUCGAGACAACUCUUCUAAGUAUUAUAUCAAUGGACGUGACAGUAAGUUUACAGAAGUUACCAAGAAACUAAAAGGGAAAGGAGUUGACUUGGACAACAAUCGAUUUCUGAUUCUUCAGGGUGAGGUUGAGCAAAUUUCACUUAUGAAACCAAAAGCUCAAGGUCCACAUGAUGAAGGGUUUCUUGAAUAUCUAGAAGAUAUCAUUGGAACCAACAAAUACUUGGAAAAAAUUGAAGAGUCUCAUAAACAGCUUGAAGCUUUGAAUGAAAAGAGGUCUGGAGUAGUGCAGAUGGUUAAGUUAGCUGAUAAAGAAAGAGAAAAUCUAGAGAGUGUGAAAAAUGAAGCGGAAGAUUACAUGCUUAAGGAGUUAUCUUUAUUGAAGUGGCAAGAAAGAGGAGUAAAGUUUGCUUCUGAGGAGAAUGCUACAAAAAUGGAAGAAAUUCAAAAGAACACAUCCGAGCUUCAACAAAAUAUAACAUCUGAAAGGGAGAAGAUUCAGGAAAGCAAAAACUCUUUGAAGGAGCUUGAGACACAGCAUAACAAGUUUUUAAAGAGACAAGAGGAACUUGACACUGAGCUUAAAAGGUGCAAAGAUGAAUUCAAGGAAUUUGAGAGACAAGAUGUGAAACAUCGAGAAGAUUUAAAACAUGUGAAAACAAAGAUCAAGAAAACAGAAGAAAAAGUUGAAAAGGAUUCAGCAAAGAUUACAGAUAUCACAAGGCAAUCUGAAGAGUCAACUAAUCUAAUCCCUAAACUAGAGGAAGAUAUUCCUAAACUGCAAAAGAGUUUGGUGAAUGAAGAAAAGAUAUUGGAGGAAAUUAUGGAAAGCUCUAAAGUUGAAACUGAGAAAUUCAGAGAAGAAGUUGCAAAGGUUCGUGCUGAACUAAAGCCUUGGGAAAAAGAACUGAUUGAGCAUCAAGGAAAGCUUGAAGUGGCAUCUACAGAAAAGAAACUUUUGUCUGAGAAGCAUGAAGCUGGACGUGUGGCAUAUUUGGAUGCUCAAAAACAAUUGGAUGAUAUACAAAAGAAAGUUGAAACAAAGACUUCAAGCAUAAAAGAUAUGCAAACCAAGUUAGAAGAAAACAAACUUGAUUCAUCAAAAGCCCAUAAAGUAGAACAAGAAUGUCUAAAAGAACAAGAGGCUCUAAUGACUCUUGAACAAACAGCAAGACAAAAAGUCAUGGAGCUAAAAUCUGUCAUGGAAACUGAAAGGAAUCAAGGGUCUGUUUUAAAAGCAAUAUUGCAAGCAAAAUCUUCGAAUUCAAUCGAGGGUAUUUAUGGAAGAAUGGGUGAUUUGGGUGCUAUUGAUGCAAAGUAUGACGUGGCAGUUUCAACAGCAUGUGCUGGACUUGAUUAUAUUGUGGUGGAAACAACAGCUGCAGCACAAGCAUGUGUGGACAUGCUUCGUAAGAACAAUCUUGGUGUUGCUACUUUCAUGAUAUUGGAAAAACAAGGGAAUCAUAUGUCUAGAAUGAAGGAAAAAGUAAGCACCCCUGAGGGCGUUCCACGUCUUUUUGAUCUCAUCAAGGUGCAAGAUGAAAGAAUGAAACUUGCUUUUUAUGCAGCAAUGGGUAACACUGUUGUUGCCAAGGAUAUUGAUCAGGCAACACGAAUUGCAUACGGAGGGAAUCAAGAAUUCCGGCGAGUAGUGACACUGGAUGGAGCUUUGUUUGAGAAAUCAGGGACAAUGAGUGGAGGUGGAAACAAGCCACGCGGGGGUAAAAUGGGAACUUCCAUCAGAGCCACCAGUGUCUCUGGUGAAUCCUUUACUGAAGCUGAAAAUGAACUCAAUCAAAUAUCAGAAAAAUUAAAAAACAUAAGACAACAAAUCUCUCAAGUUGUCAGAGAAUACAAGGAUUUGGAAAAACAAGCCACACGUUUAGAAAUGGAGUUAGCCAAAAGCCAAAAAGAGAUUGAGAGUUUGAAUUCACAACAUGAAUAUCUUGCAAAUCAACUUGAUUCCCUAAAGAAUGCAGCCGAACCAAGUAAGGCUGAAAUUGCUAGACUUGAAGAACUCAAGAAAGUUAUUUCAGAAGAAGAAAAAGAGAUCAAUAGGUUGACUAAAGGCUCAAAACAGUUGAAGGAGAAGGUGUUGGAGCUUCAAGGCAAAAUAGAGAAUGCAGGGGGUGAAAAGUUGAAAAAUCAGAAGUCAAAGGUUAACAAGAUCCAAAAUGACAUUGAUAAAAACAGCACAGAGAUCAAUCGACACAAAGUUCAAAUAGAAACUGGGAACAAGCUUUUGAAAAAAUUAAGAAAUGGGAUUAAAGAAUCAGAGAAAGAGAUAGAAAAACUGAAUGCACAAAAGGAAAAUUUAUUGACUUCUUUUAAAGAGAUUGAAGAAAAAGCAUUCAAGGUUCAAGAUGAUUAUAAGAAGACAGAAGAGCUUAUUGAACAACACAAGGAUUCACUUGGAAAAGCAAAAUCUGAUUAUGAAAACUUGAAAAAGACUGUUGAUGAGUUGAGGGCAUCUGAGGUGGAUGCUGAUUUUAAAUUACAAGACAUGAAAAAAAUGAUAAAAGAAUUGGAAAUGAAAGAAAAAGGAUACAAGAAAAAGCUCGAGGAGUUACACAACUCUCUUUCAAAGCAUAUAGAACAAAUUAAAAAAGAUUUAGUCGAUCCAGAAAAGCUUCAAGCCACACUUGGAGAAAACGAAUCAUUUGCUAAAGCCUCUGACCUUAAAAAGGCUUUAGAAAUGGUGGCGUUACUUGAAGCACAAAUGAAAGAGAUGAACCCUAAUCUUGAUUCCAUUGCUGAAUAUCGUAACAAAGUAUCUGUAUACAAUGAGCGAGUCGAAGAGCUUAAUUUAGUAACAAACGAACGCGAUGAAACAAAAAAACAAUACGAUGAAUGGCGAAAGAAAAGGUUAGAUGAGUUCAUGGAAGGGUUCAACACUAUUUCACUUAAACUAAAGGAAAUGUAUCAGAUGAUUACUCUUGGAGGUGAUGCAGAGCUUGAAUUAGUGGAUUCUUUAGAUCCUUUUUCCGAAGGUGUUGUGUUUAGUGUUAGACCUCCGAAAAAAAGUUGGAAAAAUAUCGCUAAUUUAUCAGGGGGCGAAAAGACUUUGAGUUCACUAGCUCUUGUGUUUGCACUACAUCAUUACAAGCCAACACCUCUCUAUGUUAUGGAUGAAAUCGAUGCUGCGUUAGAUUUUAAGAAUGUUUCAAUUGUGGGGCAUUACGUGAAGGAUCGAACCAAGGAUGCACAAUUUGUUAUCAUAAGUUUGAGAAAUAACAUGUUUGAGUUGGCUGAUCGACUUGUGGGGAUUUACAAAACUGAUAAUUGCACAAAGAGCAUAACGAUAAAUCCAGGGAGUUUUGUGGUUCAUGGAAAGGAUUAAUUAAACUCUCUUUCACUAUUUGGAAACUUAUAAUAAUUUUAUGAUCUUGUGUUGUAAGUGUUAUAUAUAUAUAUUUUGUAAAGACACGUUAUAGUAGUAGUAUAUCUUUGUAGGUUUAAUUUUGAAUGCCCAUGUGUUAUUGUAAAACAUAUACAAUGAUGAAUGCAAUGUGUGCUUGAUUGCA